AUGAAACUCUUCGCUGCGUCCGCUCUGCUGCUCGCCUCUGCCCCCGUCGCCCUAGGGCAGGAUUUCACGUUGCUCAACGAACUCUUCCAAGCUCUGAACAGCUCGGGCCACACCCAGCUCGUGAGCGCCGCCCAAAAGUUGAACGGCACUGGCUCUGGCCAGUCCAUCCUUGCUCAGCUCUCGGACCGCUCGCCCUCCGUCCUGUUCGCGCCCACCGACAGCGCAUGUACGUCUCCUCGCUUCCUCGUAUCGUCUGAUGUCGACGUUCUUGCGGACGUCAUCGCGUACCACAUCGUUUCUGGCAACUUCACCGGCGUCUCGACAACUUACCCCAACACCACCGUCGGAUUCACCCUCCUGAGUGACCCCAAGGUAGUCCAGCUCGAGGCGUCAGGUCUACACCAGGUUGUUGCUUGGGCGACACGCUCGGAUGGGAAGAUCCAUGUCUUAAACCAAGUCAACGAUACCACCGUCACGAACACGACCACCUUCGGCAACAUCACGAUCAACAGCAUCGACCACGUGUUGAACUUCCCCCAGCCCCUCUCCACGACCGUCGUCACCGACAACACCUCCCUGACGAUCAUCUCGACCGUGCUCCACAACGUCAGCUUCCCCUUCUUCAACGCGAGCACGAACCAAACGGCGUCGACGCCGCUGUUCAACAUCCUCGAGAGCGGCCUGCACGGCUUCACGUUCUUCGCCCCGAACAACACCGCCAUCACGCAGGCCCUCUCCUCGCUGACGAGCCUCGAGUCGGACCAGACUGCGGUCGAGGCUCUCUUCCAGAACCACAUCAUCAACGGGACGACCGUGUACUCGCCGCUGCUCGCGGGCUCGAACGCGAACCGCACGUCCGCCGCGGGUGAGCCGCUCAGCUUCGUCCUGAACGCGACCGGGCACUACGUCACGUCGGGCAACGUCACCGCGCAGAUCAUUCAGCCGGACGUCCUCCUCCCCAACGGCGUCAUCCACGUCAUCGACCGCGUGCUGGUCAACACCGAGUCCAACGCGGCCGCCGCGAGCUCUGCUGCAUCGUCGGCGAGCUCCGCGGCCACUCACACGAGCUCUGCGACUGCUCCCGUCGGGUUCUCGGCAACGGCCACGUCCUCGGGCAGUGCGUCUUCAGGCUCGCACACGGGCAACGCUGCGCGCGGGACGCACGCGGGCCAGGACUCGCAGCAUCUCCUCAAGGUCGCGCUUGUGUUUGGGGGCGUCGUCGCGGGUCUCGCGAUGGCGUGA